GGAUGUUAGGAAAACUGGUACGACCGGUGCUACAGCGCUGCGCAGCUGCACGACACAUCUCAACCACUCUUCUCCCGGAGGAUAUCGAGCUACUUCGUACUACCUGCUGGGACUUUGCUGAAAAUGAGCUGAAACCGAUAGCUGGACAGAUUGACAAGGAACACAAAUACCCUACUGAUCAGGUAAAGAUGAUGGGAGAGCUAGGACUGAUGGGGAUGGUUGCCCCUGAAGAGCUGGGUGGGGCUGGUAUGGGGUACCUCGCGUACGCGGUGGCUAUGGAGGAGAUAUCACGUGGUUGCGCUACAGCUGGAGUCAUCCUCUCUGUCAACAAUUCUCUGUACCUGGGUCCUCUUCUAACUAACGGUAACGAUGCACAAAAAGAGAAGUGGGUAACUCCCUUCCUUGAUGGGGAUCAUGUCGGCUGCUUCUGUCUCAGUGAACCAGGUAACGGAAGUGACGCUGGAGCUGCCAGCACUAACGCAACACUCAGAGACAAUGGACAGUACGAGCUGAACGGAAGUAAAGCCUGGAUCACAAACGGCUACGAGUCUGAGGCUGCUGUAGUAUUCGCUACCACAGACAAAUCCCUCAAACAUAAAGGUAUAUCAGCGUUUGUUGUACCGAAGCCAGCCCAAGGUGUGUCUCUUGGUAAAAAAGAAGACAAGCUCGGAAUCAGAGGCUCCUCGACUUGUGUCAUCAACUUUGAUAACUGCAUGAUAGAUGAAGCUAAUCUUCUCGGAAAGGCUGGAGACGGAUUCAAAAUUGCUAUGAGAACGUUGGACGCUGGUCGUAUUGGAGUGGCUGGACAAGCACUGGGAAUUGCACAAGCAUCUUUGGAAUGUGCUGUCGCUUACUCGCAACAGAGACAAGCUUUCGGCAAACCCAUCGCUUCACUCUCCACCAUACAGAACAAACUAGCUGAUAUGGAGUGUAAAAUUUGGAGUGCCAGACUGAUAAACUGGCACGCCGCCAAACUGAAGGAUGACGGACACAAUUUCACUAAGGAAGCUGCCAUGGCUAAACUAGUCGCAUCAGAAGCUGCGACUUACUGCGCUCAUCAGGCAAUCCAAGUGUUAGGAGGUAUGGGUUAUGUGAGCGAUAUGCCUGCUGAGCGUCAUUACCGUGACGCACGUAUUACCGAGAUCUACGAAGGAACGAGCGAGAUUCAGCGUCUGGUGAUAGCUGGAAACUUACUGAAAGAAAUGGUACAAUGAAACACGUGGUUAUCACGUGUUACCUGACCCCCUACCAAGUACCAAUGAGACAGUCUUAGCACGAUUAUAUUGUUUUCAUAACAGUUGUGUGGACCCAUACCGGCAUGCCAGUGUUGCUAAAAUGUAUAUUGCGUGCGGCCUGACCGAUUGCAUGAACAUCAUCAAGAGUUUUAUCUUCAGUUUGCACUUGAUCUAGUGUAAUUGUCAUUUGAUUAUACUUAAUCAAAGUUUAUUAAGGGAUUUUAAACAGAGCCUUUAUUAAAGAGGUAGUAGUUGAAAGUAACCAUUGCAUUGUUUGUACUUUGUAGUCAUUUUUGAAAAUUAAUUUUUUCCCAUUAAUUUACGUUUCAAAUGAUUGAUGAAUUCAAGA